AGAUGCCUAUAAUUCAAUUAAUCAACGACUAUCGUAAUUAUAAAAAUAAGAACAAAAUGCACAAAAUUAAAUAUGUAAAAAACAUUAUACAAGAUCUGGAAAACUAUGGACCAGCUAGUUUAAUACACAUUGCUAUUCUAAGUAACAUACUUAAAAGACGCAUUAAUAUAUGGAAUGCUAAUGGUAGUUUAAAUAAAGUUAUCGGAAGAAAAAAAUUGGGACCAUCUAUAGAUAUUGAAUAUCAUGCGAACAAUUCGGAACAAAUUGGUCACUGGACCUUAAGAGGUAGCAAAGAUCCCGAUAACGUCAUUAUUGAUUUAAACAGCUGCCUUUUUUCGGUGAUCGGUUCUCAAAUCGAACAAGAUCCAUUAAAACUUCGUAAAUGGACUGUGUUAAAACUAAAAAAAAGUUCUCAGAAUUUGGCUAAAUGGUUAGACAAAAUUCAGUGGAAAGGGAGUUCAAGAGUAUUCUUUAUGAUUGGCGGAGUAAACGGACGUGGACCCGAAAGUCCGAGAAUAAGUCCCGAAGAAAUAAGGUACUCAGAAAGGUACCCAGCAGACAGCCAGGAAGAAGACGCUAAAAAAAUUCUGGAUGAUUCAGAGGGUGAACCAAGCGAAGUUGAAGGUAAAGGCCCUAAAGUAAUAGGCCGAUCUAGAGUGAUGUAUGUCGUAAAAGGAAGAAAUGGAGGUGUCAGAGCUUAUACUAAAGCAAAUCCAUGUAGUGGAAUAUCUGCUUUUCAGACAGAAGACGACCAAAACUAUGUCACUCAUAGGGCAUUGCUAUCAAAAUCGGGUCAAAAAGCACUACACGAACUUGACAAUGCCAUUCAAUAUACACAAAAAAUACCUCGUUCAGAAUUAGUAGAAGAAGAUCGCCUAUUACAUACAGGAAGCCAUUGGCAUAAUGGACAUAAAAUAAAAGAUAAAUUAAGAAUCAAUGCUGUCCUAUUAACUUUAAGACAUCAUAAAAAUAAACGAAAUGACAAAAGUGCAAAACCUUUUAUAGCUAGUAUUAUCCCAAUCUUUAAACAUUUUGAAGAACGUAAAUGUGAAGAAGCAAGAUACCCACUAAACAACAAGGUAACACACGCUGAACAAAUUCUGAAUGAUUCACACAAUUUAAGAAACGAGUUUGGUAAACAAGGCCAGUCUAGAAUAAGGCAUGUCGUAAAUGGCAGAAAUGGAGGUGUCCAAGCUUGGACUAGGGAAAAUCGAUGUAAGCAAAAGGGUGCUUUUCAGACAGAAGAAGAUCAAAACUAUGUCACUCAUAGGGCAUUGCUAUCACAAUCGGGUCAACGAGUACUAGAUCAACUUCACGGAGUGUCAUACAAGACUAUUUCAAUACCUAUUUCAGAAUUAGAAGAACGAGAUGUCACAUUUCCUAAAGGAAGCCUUUGGAAAAAUGGAAAACAAAUAGGUGAUUUAUCAAAAAUACAAAAUGUCACAAUAGUUUUAGGACAUUUUGCAGGUAAAGAAAGAGAUCUAUAUGCAGCGCCUUUUAUAUUACGUGUUUACCCAAGCUUUAGAAAAAUAUUAACAUGGAUACAAUGUCCGGAAAUGCCUAAACAAUCCAGGUACCCAACAAGCAACAACGUAAAAAACGCUGAAAAGAUUCUGGAUAAUUCAGAGGGUAAAGAAUGCGAAAUUAAUCCACAUUUUUUAUCGGAAGUGGAUCCAGAAACUAGAAAGGGGCAUAGUAGAGAGAGGCAUGUCGUAAAAAGAAGAAAUGGAGGUGUCGAAGCUUAUACUAGAAAGUUUCCAUGUGAAGGAAGAUCUGCUUUUCAGACAGAAAAAGAUCAAAACUAUGCCCUUCAUAGGGCAUUGAUAUCAGACUCGGGUCAAGAAGCACUACAUAAACUUAACAGAUCCAAUCAAAUUGAUUUAAUUGUAGAAGCUAAAGACAUAAAACAAUCACAUGUCACAUUUCCUAAAGGAACAUAUUGGCAUAGAGGAGAACAAAAAUCUGAAUUAGAAGAUAUCGUAUCUGUCCAAAUUUAUUUAAGACAUCAUAAGGGUCAAAAAGGCGUAAAAACUGCAGAACCUCAUAUAUUUACUAUGUUCCCACACUUGAAAGGCGUAGAACCAAUAAAGUGUACAGCGGAAGAAAAAGCGAAACUUAUAAGAGAAAAAGAAGCUCGUAGAGCUGCCACAUCUGAAUCUGCCGUUGCAACCACAUCUAAAACUGUUUCUUAAAACUCCUAAACUACUCUUAAAACUGCUUCUAGAAUUAUUUCUAAAACUACUCCUAAAACAAUAGAAAUAAGAGGAAAUUCUAUUUCUUUUAGUAAAUUAAAUUUCUUAGUUUUAUUUUAAACUGCGCGCCAACAGGUUUCUACUUAGUAACUACAGUAAGUUAAAAUGAGAAACAAUAUAUUUACCUUACUUCAACUUGUUGCAUCGACGCAUCGAGAAAGAUCUUGGCCCGUAUUCUGAACUCACUUUUAGCGAUAAAAGUGCCGAUAAAAGUACUAUAAAAGUGACCAUAUUCUGAACGCACUUUUAUUCAUACUUUUAAACACGAACCACCAGGCAUUGCAUAAAAGUGCAUAAAAUUUUAUCGCAAGAAUACUAUUCCGAACUACUUUUAUAGCACAUUUAUACCAUUUUUAAUAAAUGUAUCAUUAAUUGUGCCCAAGUCUACAUUUCUCUAAUAUAAAAGUACAACUUUAAAUAAUUUUAAUAGUGUUACAUGUUCAAUUUUGUUAAUAAAAAAUAGAAUAAAAUAAAAUAAACAAUAAAAUAAAUAAAUUAAACAAUAAAAUAAAAUAUCUUUUUUAUUUUCUUUUAUUAUUACUUUACUAUCGUCAAAUUAUAAUGAUAUGAUUAAUGGUUCUCGUUUACUUUAUCCGGAACUGGGAUUUUCUGAUCAGUUAACAAAAAUUAAAAUAUUACAAUGCAAUAAAUAAAUAAGUAUGAAUUAAAAAUAGGUAAAAAUGGGCAGUCGAUUACGUCAGCAAUAUUAAAAUUUUGAUUAAUACGAAACUUAUUUGCACGCAGUCGUGCCUGAUAAAUAACUGAAAACGCGACGACAGCAGCGUACUUUACAUGCAAAAUAUGUUACACUUUGAUAACACCUUUAAUCACUUACGUGGAAAAGCGAUGACAAUACGUGCAUUUCUCGGAUUUACACUUUUCUUAUAAGAGAUUAUUUUAAUGCCCUCUAGUGUUGAACUUAUGUACUAGACAUUAACGACGAUGACAUAUCUUAAAUGAAAAAUUUUAAAUUAGGUCUCUUCGGUAAAAUAUCUCCACUUGUACGGCACGUAGAGUAAAAAUAAAAAGUUUUUAAAUACAAAUUAAAUCUAAACUUUUGAUUGAGCCUAGUUAUAAACUUGAUUGGUUCAGUCGUUAUUGAGAUCUAAUAAUCUCAGGUGCUCGCAAGUCGCGUACUUGCGUAUAAUACACGGGGCGGUCUCGCGCUGCGCGUUCACUUGGCGCGAGCCACUACUGUGUCUUUUGAUAUAAUUUUUAUUAUCUUACAGAGGGUUUUGUGUUGGUAAGGGUGUUGGUUUACGCUGCAAUCCGAUUUUAUGUUUAUAAAUUGCAUUAUAAAAAAUAUUUAAACAGUGUUAUAAACAUAGAAAGUGAUCUAAUAUUGUCAAUAAAAUAUAAGUUAUUAUUUAAACUUUACAAUUUGCAAAAAAAUUGUGCAAAUUUUAUUCUUGCUUUUGAAGAAUUUCUUUCUAGCAGAUUUUAUGUAGAAAAAAUAUAGAUAUAUAAAUUAUAGAUUUUUUAAAUGUUUUAUAAUUUGAAAAGAUAAUGCUGUUACCACAAGGAGAAAAUUUUAUAGUUUUAUAGUAAAAAUUACCGUGACAAAUACUAAGCGCGGAUUAAGAAGGGAAUUAUGAAAUUUUGUAUCAUGUUUUUCAUUAAAUUACCGUAGUACUUACACUACUCAUGAUAUAAUUCUCUGAAAUAAUUUCUUCUUAUAAAAUUUUUUUCGUGGCUAUUAUUGUAUAUAGCAACUUUUGAUACAAAACUUUCUCCGUGCAGUAUCAAAGUUCAAGAUAAAAUUUUUGUGAAGUAAGGAGGUGUCGCUGUAAGAAACUAUGUCACGCAAGUAUUGGAGACUUUCCUCUAUAUAAUAAAAAGUGUAAUGAAAUAACUGCAUUUAUUUAUAAACAAAUUCUUAUAUAUGUUUAGAAAGACAAUCUUGUAAUGCGCGAAAUAUAUGUCAACGUUUUCCCUGCUCAGUUUACCGUGGUUUUUCAACUUAAAAUUUCACAUUUCAUAAAUUUAACGUUCGCGGCGACUCCCUUUUCUUUUAUCGAGGCCUUCUUGCCAUUUGUUAGACGCACUGUCUUUAUUUUGUCAAAACACUGGAACGGACAAAAGCGAAGUCAGCGAAGCGGCGAGCGAAUAAAAAUCAUGGGCGCGAUUAGAAUUAUCCUCGUGACAAACUAUCCAUUACUAUACUAGCCGGCGUGCACGUCUAUCGAAUAGUCGUAAACUCCCCCCACCCCUUCCGCCCCGUCGAAAGUUCUAACGUGAUAGAAACUCAAAUGAAAGCCGCGAGGGAAGCGAAACGGGCGACCAAGAAGUCGCGAUAUGUAUAUAUACCCGCGAUUGACUUUUAUAACCAUUCGAUGCGGCGAGUUUUUUCCUCCGCCAGGUAGAAACUCUCCGUCACGAAGAUCGAUCGCCGAUCCAAUUGGCGAUCGCGCGAAUGCACGGAGUGCGAGCAAAAGAGAGAGAGAAAGAAAGAGAGAGAGAGAGAGAGAGACCGGUGCGAUUGCACGCGAGAGUCUCCCGGUGAAAGAAUCGCUGAUUUUCACUGCGCGCCAUUCAAACGGUCAGCGCGCGCGAGACAUAAGGAAAGGAAGACAAGUAUCGCGGGUAAUCGGCCUUUUAAUUCUGCUCGAUUUCCAUUGAUUCGCGGAUCGUCACUUCCCUCGGCCGUACGUCGUCGCGAACAUUAGAAAUCGACACAGUCGGCCGACUAUUACUGUAUCGCGAAAGCGCCAGAUAACCCGCCGUUUCGCCAAAAAAAGAAGACGCGCGUUUUUGCUCGAGCCACGCACGUUAUGUGUUGUCAAUUAAAUUAAUUUCACCCGCUCGUACCAGGACGCGGAUACGAUCGCUCGAAGCGCAAAUGAAGGGAACGCCGGGUGACCCAUAUAUCCGAUAACAACGUUCCGCAAACGUCCGCCGACGGAGAGCAGGAAAAAGUCCAGUUAUCUCGGGUACCGAUAUGUUAAUUCAAAAGUAAUAAGAUAUUUAGCGAGGCCUCCUUCUCCCGAUCCGAUCCGGUCUUGAGAGCCGGACGAUGACUCGGUCAGGUGAAGGCAGACGAAUUUUAAAUGGUGAAAGUCCCGCAGCCGGAUCGCGCCCGAAAAAAAAAAA